CUGCUGUCUUCUUCGGAUUUUCAGUCGCUACGACUUUCUUCCGUCGACCGAGCCUUUUCCUCCGGCGCCCUUCAUUCAUUGUAGAUCCGGCAGCGCCUCCGGUCUUCGGCUAUCUCUCGUUUUUCUCUUUCAUUCUAGAUAUGUUAUUGCGUCUCCGGCUCCGUUCUCCUUCCUGACGGAUCUAGUGAAGUCUUGUUUUCUUAAUUUUUUGAGCUGUGUGGAGUACGAUGGAGUCUGAGUUGAAGAGAUUCAGAAACUCGCCGAACUCGGAAGAGUUAACUCGUCGAUCCUCAUUCCCGGACGAGGUGAUAGAGCGAGUUCUGUCUCUUUUUAAAUCUCACAAGGACCGUAGCGCAGUAUCUCUCGUGUGCAAGGACUGGUACAACGCGGAGCGGUGGUCGAGGACUCACGUGUUCAUCGGCAACUGUUACUCCGUAUCUCCGGAAAUUGUGGCUCGCCGUUUCCCUAAUAUCCGGAGCGUGACGCUCAAAGGGAAGCCCCGGUUCUCAGACUUCAAUUUGGUCCCGCUGAAUUGGGGCGCAGAUAUCCAUGCGUGGCUGGUGGUGUUCGCCGACGAGUGCCCGUUUCUUGAGGAACUCAGGCUCAAGAGAAUGACCAUCAGUGAUGAAAGCUUGGAGUUCCUGUCUGUUUCCUUUCCUAAUUUCAAAUCGCUUUCGCUUUUGAGCUGUGAUGGGUUCAGCACUAACGGGUUAUCAGCCAUUGCCACUCACUGCAAGAACUUGAUUGAACUUGAUAUUCAGGAGAAUGGCAUUGAUGAUAGAGGAGGCAGCUGGUUGAGUUGCUUCCCUGAGAGCUUCACAUUAUUGGAAGUGCUGAACUUUGCCAACUUGACAAGUGAUAUUAAUUUUGAUGUGCUUGAGAGACUUGUAAGUCGGUGCAAAUCGUUGAGGGUUUUGAAGGUCAACCAAAGCAUAUCCUUGGAGCAAUUACCGAGGCUUCUUGUCCAUGCUCCUCAAUUGACAGAGCUUGGUACAGGAUCAUUCUCACAACAACUUACUUUUCCACAAUAUGAAGAGCUUGAAAGUGCAUUCAGCAGUUGCAAUAAUAUACAUACGCUUUCUGGUUUAUGGGAUGUCAAGGCCAUCUAUCUCCCUGCCCUUUACUCUGCUUGCACCAAUUUAACUUUCUUGAACUUGAGCUAUGCUGCUUUGCAAGGUGGUGAACUUGCUAAGCUUCUUCGUCAUUGUCCCCGACUUCAGCGUCUUUGGGUCAUGGAUACAGUAGAAGAUAAAGGGCUAGAGGCUGUUGGAUUGAACUGUCCUUUGCUUGAGGAACUUCGUGUUUUCCCCCUCGAUCCCUAUGAUGAGGAAAUUGCCCAUGGGGUAACUGAAGCUGGAUUUAUUGCUGUCUCAUGUUUCUGUCCAAGACUCCAUUAUGUGCUUUACUUCUGUCGGCAAAUGACUAAUGCUGCUGUAGCAACUGUUGUGCAGAACUGCCCUAAUUUUACACACUUCCGCCUAUGCAUAAUGAACCCUCGUCAACCAGACUGUACCACAGGUGAACCUAUGGAUGAAGCCUUUGGUGCUGUGGUUAAGACAUGCACUAAACUUCAGAGGCUUUCAGUUUCAGGCCUCUUAACUGAUUUGACAUUUGAGUAUAUUGGGAAGUAUGCGAAAAACUUGGAGACUCUUUCUGUGGCCUUUGCUGGCAGUAGUGACUGGGGGAUGCAGUGCGUGCUGGAAGGUUGUCCAAAAUUAAGGAAGCUUGAGAUAAGAGACUGUCCGUUUGGGAAUAAAGCUUUACUGUCAGGUUUGGAGAAGUAUGAGUCUAUGAGGUCACUUUGGAUGUCAGCCUGCAAUGUGACAAUGAAUGGCUGUCGGCUUUUGGCUAGGGUGAUGCCUAGGUUAAAUGUUGAGGUAAUGAAGGAGGAUGGAAGUGAUGAUAGUCAGGCUGACAAAGUUUAUGUUUACCGAUCAGUUGCCGGCCCAAGGAGGGAUGCUCCACCUUCCGUGCAAACUCUGUGAAAUCUGUAAAAUGCUUGCUUCAUAGGGUUUCAGAGGAACACAAUUCAUCAUACUGGAGGCUCCUGCUGGCAUCACAUGCAUACAACUAAAUCAUGGAGGGUGUAAAAAAAUUAAGAUAGAGAUCCGUG